GCGCAGUUCGCAGGUAUGCGCCAAGAACAGGAAGCGAACAGUUAGGGACUCGCCGCAGAUGCUGCCUCCGCUCGCCUCCUUCGUGUUUCUGUGAACGAUUCUGGUCGAUUUCGACUCAUUUGAGUGUCUGAAACGGAAACAGGAGAGUCAACUCUCGAGAAAGCCGCUUUUUGAGGUCAACUAGCUAUAUUAUUUGAGGCGCCUCGGCCGUGUGAUCGGGGAGUUUUGAGUGCGAGGCAAAGGGCGUGUUUGAAUCUCAAGUGUUGGGAGAGACCGACCGACCGACUGCCUCCUCCUCCUCCUCCUCCUCCUCCUCCUCGGAUGCUAGCUCGGUAGCUCUCGCAUGUCGUUGCACGACGCCUAGUUAAAGUUGUGUUGUAGUAGUCUGCGUUUUUUUUGCCCCCUUAUUUAUUCGGAGGUCAGGUUGAAAGAAGAUGGGAUGUACACUGAGCACGGACGACAAGGCGGCGCAGGAGCGGAGCAAGAUGAUCGACAGGAAUCUGCGGGACGACGGAGAAAAGGCAGCCCGGGAGGUCAAGCUGCUGCUGCUCGGUGCUGGAGAGUCUGGGAAAAGUACAAUUGUUAAACAGAUGAAGAUCAUCCACGAAGCGGGUUACUCAGAGGAAGAGUGUAAGCAGUACAAGGCCGUGGUCUACAGCAACACCAUCCAGUCCAUUAUCGCCAUCAUCAGAGCCAUGGGACGCCUCAAGAUCGACUUUGCGGAUGCGGCCAGAGCGGAUGAUGCGCGGCAGCUGUUCGUCCUGGCUGGUUCAGCAGAAGAAGGCUUCAUGACAGGCGAGCUCGCCGGGGUCAUCCAGCGGCUGUGGAAAGACGGAGGAGUUCAGGCCUGUUUCAGCCGCUCCCGAGAGUACCAGCUCAAUGACUCUGCUGCAUACUACCUGAAUGACUUGGACAGGAUAUCCCACGGUGCUUAUGUGCCCACCCAGCAGGAUGUGCUGAGGACCAGAGUCAAAACUACUGGUAUUGUGGAAACACACUUCACUUUCAAGGACCUGCACUUCAAGAUGUUUGAUGUAGGCGGUCAGAGAUCAGAGAGGAAGAAGUGGAUCCAUUGUUUUGAGGGAGUCACAGCCAUCAUCUUCUGCGUGGCUCUGAGUGACUAUGAUCUGGUCCUGGCUGAGGACGAGGAGAUGAAUCGAAUGCACGAGAGCAUGAAGCUGUUUGACUCCAUCUGCAACAACAAGUGGUUCACAGACACCUCCAUCAUCCUCUUCCUCAACAAGAAAGACCUGUUUGAGGAAAAGAUCAAAAAGAGCCCUCUCACAAUCUGCUACCCAGAAUAUGCAGGCUCCAACACCUACGAGGAGGCAGCAGCUUACAUUCAGUGCCAGUUUGAGGACCUGAACAAGAGAAAGGACACCAAGGAGAUCUACACCCACUUCACCUGUGCCACCGACACCAAGAACGUGCAGUUUGUGUUCGACGCCGUCACCGAUGUCAUCAUCAAGAACAACCUGAAGGACUGCGGCCUUUUCUAAAGGCAGCACGGUGGCCGGCUUACCAAGUGACUUUGUUCAAGGGGACUCUGACUGGAGGGAACUUCAUGGACCCUGCUGAGAAUGUCACUUUUAACCUCUUAACUUAUGUUCAUCUCUAAAAGUUUUAAAGACGGUGUGUAGAAAAAACAUUUUGUGUAAAGUAUUUGUACAACUGUCUAUGGCCGGGGAUUUUUCACAGUUUUUAAAAUGUGCUUGUUUUACCUUUAUGAUUAUUUUAAAUUUUAUAUAAAAGGGGGGGGGGCCUUGACUUUUUUUUUCCCUUUUUGUCCAUGAAUGAACACUUUUUGUCUCUUGUUUUGUAGGUGCCUUGCAUGCCUUAGUUGCAGUGUUUCUUUUUGUUGAAUUAGAUGUUAGUUCAUGUAGAUGUUACUCCCCCCAACUCCACCCCAGAGUCCAUAUUAUCUUAUUUUUCUUUCAGAUUAUUUCAUCGUUUUUGUUUUUUUGCCUCCUUGGACAAACCAAGUUAAGACCAAGUCACUCUGUAGACCAAUUCACUCUGACUCUGACAUACUGUGAGAGCUGCGUGUAAACCUUUUCGGAUGUGUGGUUUGCAUGUGUGUUGUGAGUGGGAGCUUUUGUUUUGACUGAGGCCAAAAGCCUGUGUGUGUGUGAGUGUGUGUGUGUGUGUGUGAGUGUGAGUGUAAGUGAAUGUGUGCACAAUGUAAAACAAAGGGACUUUAUUCCUCUAUUUGUCAUCCUCUUUCAAAGUUUUAUUUUUCUAAACGACCAAAAAGAAGCUACUCUCUCUAAUUAUGAGUGCAUGUUGUUAGUGCGCCGCGACAAACUGUAACAUUCCCGAUUGAAUCAUGAUGUAAAGAGAAGCUUUGAAAAGAGGAUGCCAAUGGCGGCCUUGUAGCAGACAGUAGGACCAUACGUAGAUCUGUGUUCAGUGCAUAGACAGACAGACAAGACAGGUUGUGGAGUACAAGUGCACUGUUAUUGAGCUGUGAUGGUUUCAAGUUACAUAUCCCCCCCAAGACCCCUAACCCUCUGUUUCCAUGGGACGGGCACAUUAGUGAACUAAUCGCCAUGAUUUUGCUAAUAAAAGAGCUGCUGUGGUGAAACCAUGGCAGCUUAUGCAAUAAACA